GCAGCUGCAGCUUCCGCCGAGCUCCCCGCCAUGAAUUCGUUUGUCGCGCUUCCCCGGCGCGAGGUGUACGCCCUAGACAACACGGAAAAGGCCAACCAGCAGCUGCAUGACCACUACCAGCGGAUCCUCGCCCCCCUGUCCCUCUUCCCGGCCACCGUCUCCAGGUUGAGGAGCUCGAUCGACAAAGGGUCCUCUGCCAUCUCGUCCCUGCAGAAGCCUGUGCCUGUGCCCAUCUCCCUGGCCAACCUCAUGCAGCUGCUAAAAGGCCGGAUGGAGGUGGGGACCCAGUGGCAGCAAAUACCCAGCCCACACCAGCGGGCCUUCCAGCAGGUCAUCCUAACCGAGGUCAAGCACAUCUUUAAGGAUGUACAACGUUCCCUGUAUGACCCAGCCUUCAGUCCCCAGGAAAAUAGGGAACUCUACCAGCACCUGGUGACUUACAUUGGAUUGGUAUGCCAGCACCUUUUCCGUCGCUAUCUGUCUGUCAUGGAGCGCCAUCGUGCACUGUCUGUCUUCACGGACUGUGCUAACGUAACUCGCUUCUCUGCCCAACUCUCUCUGGACUGUUCCAGGCUCCUCAAUGUAGCAGCCGUCCGCCACCGUCUAAUAAUGGACACGAAGACCUUGCAACUCCGCCAGACCGAAACGUCCAGGAAACAGGUUAGUAUGGCGGGUUGGAGGUCAACGCAGAUGGACACAUGCAAUCUGCGUUUCAGCAUUGACUACUUCAUCAGGCUUAUGAAACCUCACAUACCAACGAUGAGACAGAAGAUAGCGAAGGAUAUCAAGGAAUUGGAGGACUUACCUUUGUUAGACAUGAACAAAAUAAAGCAGUUAAAUCUACCAAGACCGAGCUCUAGUAGCCACUUUAGACAAAUGCAGUCUGAUGUGAUGACAAUGCCAUGCUCACGCACCAGUACUUUAGGAGAUUGGCCUAAACUCCAGCGGGUUAAGCAUGCCAUUUCCAGCAGUCUCAAGAGGAGCCAGUCGUUGCCCAAUAUGAGAGUUGGACAGCUCCUAGCAGAUGAACUUGGAAUUCGUUUAUCUGUGCGCCCUAUCAGCCCUGAUCUGCCUUGUCAUUAUGGUGAGACCACUGAAGAUGAAGGGCUCAAGGGAAUGGCCGGGCUGGCUGAGGACCUCCGAAGGCUAGCACAGAGAACAGUCCUGAAAAGCAGCCAGCAGAAAGGAGAGCAGGAUGAGGAUUUAGAGCUCCCUCCCCUCAUUAAAGCCUUGACACGGCGCAAGACUAAUGAGGUUCGCCUUGAGCAGCUUCAGCGAAUACUUUGCUCUCUGCAACGAGAGGAGUCCUUUGAGAUGUCACGGAAGAACACCAUGAUUGCUGCCCCAGCCACACAUCCUCAGGCUGCAACAGUGAACUUUAAAGUCAACGAAAGGAUGGUUGUGAAGGCAGCUGAUAUGCAAGUGUCAGAAAGAACCUACGUAGAAGCUGUGUCUAUGGAGAUAUGCCCAGUAAUUUACAACCACCUCCUUGGAGAGAUAGAUAAUGCUACAGUGAAGUCUCUGGAUGCAAAUCUUUCCACUGGUGAAGAGGUCAGGGAGAUGUACAAGGAACUAAUGAAUACUAUCCCAAAAGACCACCUGAAAUUCGACCUAGGGCCCAUGAUAGAAUCCCCUGCAACCAACAUUCAACUGGCUGGGUGCUUUGCUUCCUCAACAUUGACUAGGGGGAAAAGUGAACAGGUCAUUAAUAAAGAGCUGAGUAACAUCCUGCCACCUGGACCAUUUGUCCCUGAGGAAGUGUCAGAGAGCCCAAAUGUACCCUUCAAAAAAAAUACUGGUAAAAAAACCUCUUGGCUUAAAUGGUGGAAAGCAACAUUCAACACUGAUGAUUACUUGAAAUACAUUGGCACCAAGGAAUCUGACUAUUUGCCAGUGAUAUUUCAUUUAUACAGCGUUAAGGAAGAUGAGGAGCAACAGCCUGUAUUAGAUGAGGUGCAAGUAAAGAAACAAGUGAAAGUGAAGAGAGACGUGAUAAAGAAAGCUGCUGAAAUUCAAACCAAGAAGGAAGAGUUUGAGCAUGGGAAGUGGAAUUCCAAAUGUGCCAUGCUGCGGGGGUUGGAAAAUGUUUUUUGCUCUGACCACACAUCUGAGGAUCUCAAGGUCUUUCAGAGAAGGCUGGAAAGACUGUGGACAGUUCUUCAUUUCUCUGAACAGGAAAGGCUGGAUAUGGCAAUUAAGUACAGCUCCAACCCAUAUUACUGGCUGCUCCCAGACAUGCUCCAAGCUUGGGAGACAGCAGCACGGUCUAUCCAGGACCGAGAACUCCUGCUGGCUGAUUUGGAACAGUUUGAAGAAACUGCUUCGAAUCCAAACCGCUUGUUUGAGCUGGCCCCCCGCUCCUUCAUAGCACGAAUGAAGGAAUCCAGAACCAGGAACCGCUUGCGCUCUGAGUUGGCCCAGUAUGACUCAGAGCUCUAUAUCAUCCUGAACAACAUCAAAGAGUCUUACAAUGACACAGUGACCUACAAGGGACGCCCAUACCUGCAGAAGAUGGCAUGGGACACAGUGGAGAUGCUCUAUUGGCUACAGCAGGAGCGACGUGCCAAUACAUUGAGGAGAGUCGUCCAGAAAAGGGGCCUAAUUAGAAGACUUCCUCCUAUCCCUUAAAGACUGGUACCACUGUUUAGCUCAAUGGCCAACACACCAAGAUGGCAGUGGAGAAGACAUCUUUUCUGCACAUGCACCAAAUUCAUCCACAUACUUUUCCAGCAGACCUCUCCUUCAGCCAAGCCAAAGGUUGAGAAACAUGGAGGCAGACCCCAACAACCUAGAUUCAGUUUGUAGUGCCAUGGUCUAUUGGUGGAAUAAGGGAAAAAGCAGAGAGUGGUGGUGGGGAAAAUGUGGGCAUGCACCAAACGUCCAGAAUAUGUUUAGCUCAUUCCAAAUUUCAGAAGGGUUGUCAGUUUGUGAGAUGUGCCUUAUCCACAAAUGAACUGGAUCCUAUGAAGAAUUUAAGGUUCCCGAUAUCCUCAAAUUAAAAACAUUUCUUGUCCUCA